AUGGGAGACUUCAAUGCACAACAUUCUAUGUGGGGAAGUUCUAAGUCUGAUCAUUAUGGGGCUAGAAUCUUAGACAUCUUAGAUGAUAAUAAUUUAUGCCUUCUAAACUCUGGUUGUCCUACUAGAAGGACUCGGCCCCAUGAGGGUAUUAGUGCACCAGACCUUACCCUGUGUAGCCCCUCCCUAGCUCCUACAUUAAACUGGUGGCCUCUAUCGUCGUCAUAUGGAAGCGAUCACUUUCCGUUAAUUAUAUCAUUUCCUCAAAAAAUUGGUGAAAAGAUGUCUAAGGCUUCUCCCCGGCUAAAAUAUAAACUUAAGGAUGCCAACUGGUCAUUAUUUAGAGAUAAAGUUCAACAAAAUUUAUCAACUAUACCUCCACUAAAUGACAACAAUAAUCAUCUUUGUGCUGAAGCUUUUACACGGGCCCUACUACAGGCUGCUGAGGAAGUUUUUCCUAUAAAAAAUAAUAGUGGCAAUGGGUAUAUUCCAUCACCUCCUUGGUGGGACAGUGAGUGUUCUGCUGCGAUAGCUGAGAGAAAGAUAGCUGAAAAAAAUUACAGAAAAAAUUCUACAACACAAAACUUUAAUAUUCUUUGUAAUCUUAUAACUAAAACACGUAAAUUAUUAAAACAAAAAAGAUUCAAUGGCUGGAAAUCUUUUUGUGCCUCAAUUUCACCAGACAUUUCUCCAUCUGAAGUUUGGCAAAAUAUUCGUAGAUUCAGAUCCGCUUUUAAGCCUCCAAGGUCUCCUUUUAUGGAUAGCAGUACAGUUGAUUUGUUUCUUGACAAAUUAGCUCCACCAUUUGUCCCAUCUAUAGAUAAUAUUUCUUCUGACCUACAGUCUUCUCUCCUCUCCCAGCAUGAUAGUAGCGAUUCAUUCAUUUCCUUUAGCCUUUCAGAACUCAAAGGGGUUCUUUCAAAACUUAGGGACUCAGCCCCAGGUUGUGAUGGAAUCCCAUAUUCUUUUCUUCAAAACCUGAACGACUCCUGCCUUUCUUAUUUUCUUAGUUUAAUUAAUUCAAUUUUAACAACAGGUAAUAUUCCUCCAUCAUGGAAAAUCCAUGAAGUUAUCCCAAUACAUAAGCCCGACAAACCGAUUAAUGAUCCAUCAUCUUACAGACCAAUUGCAUUAGCUUCAGUUAUUUCCAAAAUUUCCGAACAUUUAGUUAAAAAUAGGUUAGAAUGGUUUAUUGAGAGUAAGGGGUUACUAUCUCCAAACCAGUUUGGAUUUAGGAAAAGUAGGAGUACAAUGGAUAGUCUCAGCAUUUUUAUGACAGACUUAAGAUUGGCAUUUUCGUACAAUAACUCUGUGUUAGCAGCAUUUUUAGAUGUAUCUGCAGCCUAUGAUAAUGUCAACCUUUCAAUUCUGAAACAAAAAAUGAUUAAUUUGGAUAUCCCACAAAUUUUUAUAAGAUUCACAAUCAAUCUUCUCUCUGGUAGAAUGCUUAAAGUAAUAUCAGAAGACUCUUACCAAUCCCGUAUUGCCUGGAAAGGUAUACCCCAGGGCUCAGUUUAA